AGUAGGCCCAGGUAAGCCAGCGCGAUUAUGCAUAUUCGCUUGUUUUCACGGCAUAUGUCUCGAACGCAGUCGUUUUUGGAGAAUCGCCUAGUUACUUUUCAGGUUCGCGUAGUUUUGAAGCCGUUGGUGUCGCUCAUUGGCCACCUCGUAGCCUGUAGUGCCAGAAUAAAGCGUCGACACACACACACACACAAACAACUACCGUAACCCUCGAUGCGCAUGCGCGCCGAGGGUUAAUAUGCAAACCCUCGGCAAACCGCGCAUGCGGUACCGCUAAUUGUUGGGCUGGGCUAUUAGUAUGCGUCCGGCCUGGUCUCCAGCUAUAUAGUAGCCCGCGGAGAGUCUGACACGGGCUAGCUACAGUAGUAGAUAGCAUGCGAGAGUCGAUACCCGCCCUUCGUUGUGAUAUCUUGUGCCUUCAAGAUACACAGAGCGAGCGGACCCGGUCGAGGUAGCUAAGCCUGUGCUGUUGGAGUAUGGAAUGUUACCAUCUUCUAUCUCGCUCCCUACUACAUAUUCCCUAGCACCCAUCUAAUUCCUUGUUCACACUUUUCUUUUUGUUUAUCUCUUUCUUUCUUCUUACGUACACUUCUUACUCACUGCCCUCUCUCUCUCUUUCGUCUUCCUUUUCUUCCUCCUCUCUCAGGUCCAGAUGACCGCUGUACCCACAAGUUUGUCAGCGACGAUGACGAAGAAGAUGGAGUUGACGCCAACAACGACCCUCUCCAGCGGUCGUUUGCCAACUUCAGCCAUGUGGCACCCCGAUUCUGCCAGAUGAUGGAGGAGCUGCAGCGCUCUCUGUGUGACGAGACAGACCCCAGCCAACACCAGCACCAGCAGCUCCUGAAGACAGGUGAAACAAGUGUUGUGUCCUCCCAACCCCCAGUUCUGAGUGGGUCGGAGAGGGCCGGAGACGCUGCACCAGAGGGAGAAGAAGAGGACAACAUUGUUACCACUAUUGAUGAGGUGAGUGAUAAGGAGCCAAUGUUGGACGAGGGAGAGAAGACCCCGGAGCCACUCCAACAGAUGCCCACCUCUCCCCUCCCUCCAUCACCACCCACUCGUACACGGCUGCCUCGUGUCUCUCGCAGAGGAGGUGUGGCCUCGGCAAUGACAUCUCUCAUAUCUCCAUUGCCGACAUCACUGUAUCUCCACCCACUCCUGGUGGGUGUGGCCUCAAUACACUAG